CCGUUUACCUCUAUCGCCAACGCCAACGAUAGCGACGACGACGAGGACACCCAGCCCAUCCCGCCCGUGCUACUCUUCCGCGUAGAAAACGACGCGCGGUACCACGACGGCGGCGACGACGACGAGCCGCCCUUUGACGCGCCCUACCGCGCGGCGUGCGCGGGCAUGCCGGCGGGGCUGUACACGGCGGCGGCGGACCCGCGGUCGAAGGACGUGGCCGAGGGCGGCGGCGUACUGGCGCUGCCGUUCCGCGUCGGCGGCAGCGGGCGCGCGCGCCGCAGCGACCGCUCGCGCUUCGACAGCGCCGCCGCCGUCUUCCAGCUCGGCCUCGUGCUGCGCGCGUAG